UUGACACAUUUCGGCGUUCUAAGAUAUUUGUUGUCAGUGAGCGACGGUAUAACAUUCAUCAAAUUGCAUUUGUUUCAUAUCAUCACAGUUGAAAAACUUACAAAUCCGAAAAAUGGCAGCAAUUUCGAGCUAUGAACUAUUGGAAGAUGGAAAAGUAUUUGCUGAUUACGGACGAUCAGGUUUUAAUUUCGAGAAUUGUCGACGCAAUGAAAUGUUAAUCAAGAAUGGUUUCAAAGAGCCAAAAUCAAUUAAAACGGGCACAACAAUCGUGGGAAUCAUUUUCAAGGAUGGUGUCGUUCUUGGUGCUGACACCCGAGCCACAGAAGGACCAAUCGUAGCCGACAAGAAUUGCGAGAAAAUCCACUUUUUAGCCAAGAACAUGUACUGUUGCGGUGCUGGAACAGCAGCUGAUACAGAAAUGAUGACAAAUAUGAUUUCAUCGCAAUUGGAAUUGCUUCGAUUGAACACCGGUCGUGAAGUUCGUGUUACAACAGCCAAUACACUGUUGAAACGGAUGCUAUUCCGUUAUCAAGGCCACGUUAGUGCUGCUUUGGUAUUGGGAGGUGUUGACAUCAGUGGACCACACAUCUAUUCCAUUCAUCCACACGGAUCAACAGACCGAUUGCCAUACACUACCAUGGGUUCCGGCAGUUUGGCUGCUAUGGCUGUUUUUGAAGAUCGUUGGCGACCGGAUAUGGAAGAAGAAGAAGCCAAAAAAUUGGUUCGCGAUGCAAUCGCUUCGGGUGUAUUCAAUGAUCUUGGUUCGGGCUCAAACAUCGAUUUGUGCGUUAUCAAAAAAGGCACCGUCGAAUAUUUGCGUGGUUAUGAAUAUGCCAAUGAGAAAGGAGUUCGUGCUUUAAACUAUGACUUCAAGCUGGGUACAACAGCCGUUCUCGACACAAAAAUCCAUCAAUUCGACAUUGAAGAGACCGUUAUUCCAAUCGCAUCCAGCAGCGCCACACCGAUGGACACAGCUUGAUUCAAUAUUUUCAUGGCAUUUUAAAUUUUCUAUACUAAAACAUAAUAAAAAAUAGGGCUAUUAGCCUGCUAAAUGGUAUUAA